GGAUAAAGCAGAAGAUACUGGAAUCAGGAAUCAGUUCACAUCCAAAUAACAGGCAAGACUGAAUCUCCAUCUACACUGCAUUUUAAAAGACUAUUACAAAUUAGUGAGGCAGGACUAAAGUUAUUUUAGUUCAGUUGAAAUAUAGUAAAGUAGAGAAAACUAGUAGCAGUCUGAGAGUGACAGUUAAAAAGUGACAGUUACAGAAAAAAAACAACGAUGGAAGCCAUUGCAGGAGAGCUCCUCCCCCACUCCAUCACAUACCCACAGACUAUCAAGAGCGCAAAAGACAAGAAAACCUAUAAAUACAGCCUGCUGAAGAACAACCCAGAGACCCUGAUGGCAGACGUUUCACAAAAAGGGGACAGAGCCAUCAUCACUAAUCUGCUCCUCUACACAACAGACUGCAAUCUUUGGCACACGGUCAUCUGUAAACACUACAAAAGUUAUAGAAAACUAGGCAUCUGUAAUGGCAGAAAAAUCCAAAGUUAUGAAGAAAAUGACACUAACAAGGCAUUUCUAACUGUGAAUAUCUACCAUAAUGGAACGAUAAUGUUCCAGGGGACUGAAGCAUGUCUCAGCUCUGUCCAGGCAAACUUCACCAUCCUAAAAGCUCUGGCAGAGGCUGAGAAACAAGCACAAGGAGCAAACAGUGAUGCUGCAGGAGGCUGUGAUGCCCAGAGCUCAAGGGAGAGGCUAGAGGAGAUGGAGCUUAACCCUGCUGAACACGACCCACAGCUGGAACAGUCUGUCAGUCAGAUCAGAAACAACCUCUCCCUACAAGAGGUAGAGCUGGUGGAGCUCAGAGAACUAACACUCUCCCAUGCAAUAUCCAGUGAACGCCUACAACACCUGGAAAAUAAAAUCAAUCACCUCACACGAGACUUUGAAACUAGUGUUGAGGAGCUAAAAAGAGAGAUAUGCAAACUGCAGCAAGAUAGAGAGACCAUGAAUAAAGAAAUGGAAACAGUCAGGCAGGAGCUGCUGCUCAGAGAAGGAGAAAUAACCCUGAAUAAAGAACUGAAAACAGUCAGGCAUGAGCUGCUGCUCAGAGAGAGAGAGAAAUACAAAGCCUGA